AUGAACUUACCACUCAGGGCCACCAAAGGUGGUAACAACUGGUCUAACCAGCUACCAACAACUACAGCCACAACCACUUUAGAAGAGUUAACAGCUACUUCAUCUGAGACGUCAUCAUCUUCAAGCACAUCUUUCCCAGUGACACAAACCUCAGUACCAGUCGUUACAUCCACGCAACCAACAACGCAAACAAAGACAACUGAAGUGCCAGUCACAACACUUGUGUCCACAACAGUGAGUGCUGAAUCAUCCACUGCAUAUGAACUUACCACUCAGGGUCUUUCUUCAACAACAAAACCAGUCAAAGCUGAAACAACUCUUUCAACAACCACACCAGCCACCCCAUCCACUACUGUCCUUGUCGAGGAGGGAAGCACCACUGUCCAACCACCUACAGAAACCUCAGCUCCAAGCAUUGUCUCCACAACUUCAAAAUCAUCUACAGCUACUCAAACAACUGGAGAAGUAACAACAACUGAGACUGUAACUGAGAAUGAAUUGACCACAUCUCAGACACCUUUGUCCACCACCAGGCCACCAAAGGUGGUAACAACUGGUCUACCAACAACUACAGCCACAACCACUUUAGAAGAGUUAACAGCUACUUCAUCUGAGACGUCAUCAUCUUCAAGCACAUCUCUCCCAGUGACACAAACCUCAGUACCAGUCGUUACAUCCACGCAACCAACAACGCAAACAAAGACAACUGAAGUGCCAGUCACAACACUUGUGUCCACAACAGUGAGUGCUGAAUCAUCCACUGCAUAUGAACUUACCACUCAGGGUCUUUCUUCAACAACAAAACCAGUCAAAGCUGAAACAACUCUUUCAACAACCACACCAGCCACCCCAUCCACUACUGUCCUUGUCGAGGAGGGAAGCACCACUGUCCAACCACCUACAGAAACCUCAGCUCCAAGCAUUGUCUCCACAACUUCAAAAUCAUCUACAGCUACUCAAACAACUGGAGAAGUAACAACAACUGAGACUGUAACUGAGAAUGAAUUGACCACAUCUCAGACACCAUUGUCCACCACCAGGCCACCAAAGGUGGUAACAACGGGUCUAACCAGCUUACCAACAACUACAGCCACGACCACUUUAGAAGAGUUAACGGCUACUUCAGCUGAGACGUCAUCAUCUUCAAGCACAUCUUUCCCAGUGACACAAACCUCAGUACCAGUCGUUACAUCCACGCAACCAACAACGCAAACAAAGACAACUGAAGUGCCAGUCACAACACUUGUGUCCACAACAGUGAGUGCUGAAUCAUCCACUGCAUAUGAGCUUACCACUCAGGGUCUUUCUUCAACAACAAAACCAGUCAAAGCUGAAACAACUCUUUCAACAACCACACCAGCCACCCCAUCCACUACUGUCCUUGUCGAGGAGGGAAGCACCACUGUCCAACCACCUACAGAAACCUCAGCUCCAAGCAUUGUCCCCACAACUUCAAAAUCAUCUACAGCUACUCAAACAACUGGAGAAGUAACAACAACUGAGACUGUAACUGAGAAUGAAUUGACCACAUCUCAGACACCAUUGUCCACCACCAGGCCACCAAAGGUGGUAACAACGGGUCUAACCAGCUUACCAACAACUACAGCCACGACCACUUUAGAAGAGUUAACGGCUACUUCAGCUGAGACGUCAUCAUCUUCAAGCACAUCUUUCCCAGUGACACAAACCUCAGUACCAGUCGUUACAUCCACGCAACCAACAACGCAAACAAAGACAACUGAAGUGCCAGUCACAACACUUGUGUCCACAACAGUGAGUGCUGAAUCAUCCACUGCAUAUGAACUUACCACUCAGGGUCUUUCUUCAACAACAAAACCAGUCAAAGCUGAAACAACACUUUCAACAACCACACCAGCCACCCCAUCCACUACUGUCCUUGUCGAGGAGGGAAGCACCACUGUCCAACCACCUACAGAAACCUCAGCUCCAAGCAUUGUCUCCACAACUUCAAAAUCAUCUACAGCUACUCAAACAACUGGAGAAGUAACAACAACUGAGACUGUAACUGAGAAUGAAUUGACCACAUCUCAGACACCUUUGUCCACCACCAGGCCACCAAAGGUGGUAACAACUGGUCUACCAACAACUACAGCCACAACCACUUUAGAAGAGUUAACAGCUACUUCAUCUGAGACGUCAGCAUCUUCAAGCACAUCUCUCCCAGUGACACAAACCUCAGUACCAGUCGUUACAUCCACGCAACCAACAACGCAAACAAAGACAACUGAAGUGCCAGUCACAACACUUGUGUCCACAACAGUGAGUGCUGAAUCAUCCACUGCAUAUGAACUUACCACUCAGGGUCUUUCUUCAACAACAAAACCAGUCAAAGCUGAAACAACUCUUUCAACAACCACACCAGCCACCCCAUCCACUACUGUCCUUGUCGAGGAGGGAAGCACCACUGUCCAACCACCUACAGAAACCUCAGCUCCAAGCAUUGUCUCCACAACUUCAAAAUCAUCUACAGCUACUCAAACAACUGGAGAAGUAACAACAACUGAGACUGUAACUGAGAAUGAAUUGACCACAUCUCAGACACCAUUGUCCACCACCAGGCCACCAAAGGUGGUAACAACAGGUCUAACCAGCUUACCAACAACUACAGCCACGACCACUUUAGAAGAGUUAACGGCUACUUCAGCUGAGACGUCAUCAUCUUCAAGCACAUCUUUCCCAGUGACACAAACCUCAGUACCAGUCGUUACAUCCACGCAACCAACAACGCAAACAAAGACAACUGAAGUGCCAGUCACAACACUUGUGUCCACAACAGUGAGUGCGGAAUCAUCCACUGUAUAUGAACUUACCACUCAGGGUCUUUCUUCAACAACAAAACCAGUCAAAGCUGAAACAACACUUUCAACAACCACACCAGCCACCCCAUCCACUACUGUCCUUGUCGAGGAGGGAAGCACCACUGUCCAACCACCUACAGAAACCUCAGCUCCAAGCAUUGUCUCCACAACUUCAAAAUCAUCUACAGCUACUCAAACAACUGGAGAAGUAACAACAACUGAGACUGUAACUGAGAAUGAAUUGACCACAUCUCAGACACCAUUGUCCACCACCAGGCCACCAAAGGUGGUAACAACGGGUCUAACCAGCUUACCAACAACUACAGCCACGACCACUUUAGAAGAGUUAACAGCUACUUCAGCUGGGACGUCAUCAUCUUCAAGCACAUCUUUCCCAGUGACACAAACCUCAGUACCAGUCGUUACAUCCACACAACCAACAACGCAAACAAAGACAACUGAAGUGCCAGUCACAACACUUGUGUCCACAACAGUGAGUGCUGAAUCAUCCACUGCAUAUGAGCUUACCACUCAGGGUCUUUCUUCAACAACAAAACCAGUCAAAGCUGAAACAACUCUUUCAACAACCACACCAGCCACCCCAUCCACUACUGUCCUUGUCGAGGAGAGAAGCACCACUGUCCAACCACCUACAGAAACCUCAGCUCCAAGCAUUGUCUCCACAACUUCAAAAUCAUCUACAGCUACUCAAACAACUGGAGAAGUAACAACAACUGAGACUGUAACUGAGAAUGAAUUGACCACAUCCCAGACACCUUUGUCCACCACCAGGCCACCAAAGGUGGUAACAACUAGUCUAACAAGCCUACCAACAACUACAGCCACAACCACUUUAGAAGAGUUAACAGCUACUUCAUCUGAGACAUCAUCAUCUUCAAGCACAUCUAUCCCAGUUACACAAACCUCAGUACCAGUCGUUACAUCCACGCAACCAACAACGCAAACAAAGACAACUGAAGUGCCAGUCACAACACUUGUGUCCACAACAGUGAGUGCUGAAUCAUCCACUGCUUAUGAACUUACCACUCAGGGUCUUUCUUCAACAACAAAACCAGUCAAAGCUGAAACAACUCUUUCAACCACCGCACCAGCCAUCCCAUCCACUACUGUCAUUGUCGAGGAGGGAAGCACCACUGUCCAACCACCUACAGAAACCUCAGCUCCAAGCAUUGUCCCCACAACUUCAAAAUCAUCUACAGCUACUCAAACAACUGGAGAAGUAACAACAACUGAGAUUGUAACUGAGAAUGAAUUGACCACAUCUCAGACACCUUUGUCCACCACCAGGCCACCAAAGGUGGUGACAACUGGUCUAACUAGCCUACCAACAACUACAUCCACAACCACUUUAGAAGAGGAAACCUCAUUCGAAACAACCAAAACAAUAAAUAAAUCCACCAUUUCACCAAUUACCACUACAAAUGUUUUCUACUCAUCCACAUCUAGGGAGACCUCAAUUGCUCCCAUUACACAAACACUGCCAUCUUUUACUCAGACCCUUCCUGUGACUACAGAAUCUGUUUUCUCAACUACUCCUAUUGUUUGUUGUUUUGUUAAUGGCACAGAUUUUCAAUCAGGUGAUAUCAUUUAUAAUGUUACUGAUGGCUUUGGUUGGUGCUUCACGGCAUACUGUAAUUCAACUUGUCAUAUCGUGAAGAUUUCAACAUCUUGUGGAACCACUCCAUCACCAUCCAUUUCUCCUGAAACAACCACAUAUUCUAGUGCAUCAACAAUAGGCACAACACAACCUGUCACAUUAAUAUCCACAACUAAUACAAACACAGAAGUAACAACUACAACCUUUGGGCCUAAGUGUGAUGCUCUUGAUCCACCAAGACAGCCCAAUGAUACUUGGCAGAGUGGAUGUCAAAUGUGUGAGUGUGACAGUGAAACACUGAGGGUCCUUUGCCAGCCUGUUACUUGUGAUGUUUCACCACCUGUAACUUGUGAUAAGCCUGGACAAGUGCUUGUCAACACAACAAUUGACUGCUGUGAGAUCUCUGAAUGCAGCUGCGAUAAGAAUCUGUGCCCUAUUCCCACACUACAAUGUCCACUGGGCUUUAUACCAUCCAUCAGCGUAACUCCAGAUAACUGCUGUCCAGAGUAUGUUUGCUCACCCAUGGAAGUUUGUGUCCAUAAUACCACAGUGUAUCAGCCUGGCUCUCCUAUACCAAGUGAUGAUCCUUGUACACAUUGUUAUUGUGGUGGGGAUGUAGAUCCUGAAACAAAUCUUCUUACUCCAGAGUGUAUGAUGGCUACCUGCAACUAUAACUGUCCAGAGGAUCAGGAGUACCAAUCUAUUCCUGGUCAGUGCUGUGGAGAGUGUGUUAGCACAAAUUGUGUGGUUAUGUAUGACAAUGUCACAGUUUCCAUUUCAGUUAACCAGACAUGGCAACCAACUAAUGACAAAUGUGUGAAAUACGAGUGUGAACGAAACAACGGUAACUCAUUGGCAGUUGAGAUUAAGACUGCUUGUCCUGCCUUUAAUGCUGAAGAUUGUAUUCCUGGAACAGAGACAACAGAUGCUGAUGGCUGCUGUAAAACUUGUACACUGGACAACAAAUGUAAUGUCCAGAAGAACAGCACCUUCUUGGUCAGCAAUGGCUGUAUAAGCAGCACACCUGUGGAAAUAACUUCUUGUGCAGGCUUGUGUGGUACCUCAUCAAUAUACUCUGUAGAAGCGAACGCUCUCGUGCAUUCAUGCUCGUGCUGUCAAGAAAUGACAACCACCAGAAAGGAAGUGACUCUGACUUGCCCAGAUGGGUCAAACAUCAACCACUCAUACAUUCACAUUGAGUCUUGUGGCUGCAGGGCCAGCGAUUGCUCUGGUCAAUCUGCUUCCUCAAAGAGACGCCGGAGGAGAUCGUGAACCUACAUUUUUAACAACGUACAGUAGAGCCAUUUCAAAUGUAUCUUAUGGCAUGAAUCUGUAAAUUUUAAAACUUUUAAAUGUUUGUGAUAAUUAUCUCUAUGGUGUCAUGAGAAUGACAGCUCUUUUGUUUCUUGUCUAGUAGAUCUUAAUAAACUAAUGCAAACUGAA